AUGAGCUCGAUGGCUGAGGGCAGUGAAGGCUGGGUACGAGAGGAUGAGGAUGAGCUUGACCUAGGCCCGGACGCUGACGACUCUCAACUACUCGAUUAUGGCGCUACCGAUCUCCCUGGGCCUUCCCCGCAGGAGUCGGUCGAGCACGACUUGGAGGAAUUGGCGGAGCUGGGCGAAUUGGACACGAUAGACAAUGCGCAAGACCAAGCAUCGGAGAGGACGGCACAGCCCGGAGAUGCUGGGCUUCCACAAACCCCACCCAAUCGAUACACAGAGUUUCCGGGGGCUUCAGGAAGCAUGGAUGGAACAUCCUCUACUCCGGAUGACUCGCCGUCCCUACAUGGCUCCAUUAUCUCCUCUCAAAGUAGCAGCGCUCUGGCUCUAAGAGGUUCUUCACGAUUGAGUCCUAGUCCGAGUCCAGCGCAUCGUCCGUUCGAUCUCCGCUUUCAAUCCCGUCUCUCCUCAUCACCGCUCGCCGCAUCAAGAACCGGCUCGCCUUUCCUCGUACACCUCCAUUCCAGACAGUCCUCUAUCACUAGCCAGGUCUCACCCACCCCUGAAUCCGACAAUGACACACCUCAGAGUCCCUGGGAUGUGGUCCGGUGGACAAAGCUGCGCAAGAUCACCGGUCAGGCCUUUUCGGAGAUCGGAAAACGCAACUUCGGCCGGCCAACCUGUUUGGCGGUUUCAACCAGCAUCGUGGUCGGUACUUCCAAGGGAAUUAUUCUAGUCUUUGACUACCAACAAAGCUUGAAGCACAUCAUUGGAACCGGAACCAAAGCUCUGGAAUGCGGCCAAAUAACAGCAUUGGCAUUGUCUGCGGAUCAUUCUACUGUGGCUGGAGGUCAUGAGUCGGGGGAUAUAUUCACCUGGGAAAUAUCGCGGUCCGCAAAACCUUUUCUCCAUAUACCACCAAUUCCAGCGAGCCAAAUAGAAGCCCGGGUCUCUGAUGGCCACAUUGCGGGCGCGUCUGUCAUUCAUAUCGGGUUCCUUGGCACUAGGCGUACUGCCAUUGUCUCAGCCGAUACAAGAGGAAUGGCCUUUUCGCAUCUGGCAACGCGAGGCAUGGGCGCAGUUGGGCGCUCCAUGAAAUCAACGAGGAUCCUUGGUCGGUAUCCACAGAUGGCACCGGAAGAGCGUCGCCGAAAGCCCAGCUCAGUCCUGGCGUUCUCUCCCCUUCCCCUCGGCAAUGUUGAGCAGCCUUCAGACCCAUUAGGACUCGUCGCCAUGUUGACGCCUUAUCUCCUGGUCAUCGUUUCUACCACUCCGGUUGCUCAGACACAACACAAAGCACCUCGACCAAAAGAGGUCCCGGCUCACAGUGCUAUGACUGGGGCAUUGGCUUGGUUCCCGGCUAUUCGGUUGAAAGGGAAAGAUAGCCAGACAUCAAAUACCAAACUGGUCUACUGCUGGUCGAAUGUCUUGACGGUGCUCGAAGUCUCAGAAGCAGAGUCUGAUGAACCCGUUGACAAAGACAGGCCGCCUAGCCUGGUUUUCCAAGCACGUAGUAGGUGGAAAGCGGACGAGGCCAUUGUCGCUGUUCAAUGGUUGAGCCGUUCCGUGCUAGCCGUUCUUACAAUAACUCAACGCCUCCUGAUUCUCGAGGACUAUUCAAUGCACGUGACAGAUUCUAUCGAUCUUGCAUAUCGACAUAUUUAUCAUGUGGAUCUCUUCUCGUCACAGCUUCAUAAUCUGGUGGAACAACUCGAUGAAGAAGAUACGUCAAUGCACGGUGUGGUGGCUGAUGCAUUCUACAUGAGCUUCCGUGCCUACAAGGGGCGCUUGUUUUUGCUUGGAUACAAUGAAGCUCUCGUUGGCAAUCUAUCAAACUGGGCAGAUAGACUCCUGGCUCUGAUGGAGGGUGGUGACUUCAUCGGUGCCAUCCGAUUGGCGACUUCUUAUUACACAGGCACCGCAGAAAAGCUUACGGUUGGUCUUCCCGAAGAGGAUAAUCUGAGACAACCGAUUGUUCAGGAGAAACUGUUGGAAAUGAUCUCUGCAUCUCUCAAGUACGCUUUCGGUCGCAAUACCGAGGCGGACAACGGGCGGGUUGGGAGUCCACAACUCGAGGAACUCGCCGAAGUGUCGAUUGCUGCCUGUAUUUGCAUGGCGAAUGAAGAAUUCAUGUGGGAGGAAGUGUUUCUUUGGUAUGAAGAAAAUGAAUCUGCGGGGAUUUUCUUGGACGUUCUUGAGCCCCGUAUCGUCAAUGGGACCAUUCGCUCGCUUCCUCCUACGGCAGUCAAAGCCCUCAUCAACCAUUUUAUUCAGACUCAUCCUGCUGGCCGACUAGAAGAGAUCAUCUGUCUUCUGGAUACUACAACCAUGGACAUUGAUCAAGUGACGACGCUAUGUAAGCAACAUAAUCUGUAUGAUGCAUAUGUUUACGUUUGGAACCGCUGCCUAGCGGACUAUGUGGGCCCCCUGGAGGACCUUAUACAACUUAUUCCUACCCAGACCGAACCUUUGGCCAAUGGAGACUUUACGACGGAAAUGUUAAAGCACACAAACGCGAUGAAAAUAUUUCCCUAUCUAUCGUUCGUUCUCACCGGGCGCAUUUAUCCCACUGGCGAUCGUCUAGACGAGGUCGAGGCGUCGCGGGCCAAACUCGCUUUGUAUCAAUACCUCUUUUCGGGCCAUCUGUCUGGCCCAGGAUCUGGCAUGACUUCCGACGACACCGAUUCAUUCUCGCCUCUCCGAGCAGUUCUCAAAUUCGAUGCGUCUAGCUUCAUGAGUAUGCUGAACGAGGCCUUUGAGGAUAGCUUUCUGAACGAGCCUGAUUCAGAAGACGGUCCAACCCCAGGUGCAUCGAUAAAUCGACAGUAUCUGAUUAGCAUUUUGCUUCAAGUGAUGGAGGGGUCCUCAUUUUCACCUACUGAAACCAUUUACCUGGAUAUGUUUGUUGCACGCAAUCUCCCCAAAUACCCUCAGUAUAUCCUUCUUUCAGGAACAACUCUCCACCAAGUUCUUGUCCGGCUAUGCCGGUAUCCGGAAGAAGACAUGGCAGAUGAUUGUGAGCUAAGCGUGGAAUACUUGCUGUCUUUCUAUCACCCACCGGAUAUCCAAAGUAUGGUACCUUUGUUCAAGGAAGCUCAGUUUUUCAGAAUUCUCAAAUCGACAUAUCGCUCUGAGAAACAAUACCCGCAAUGGAUCCUGACGUAUCUGGAUGAUCCGAAUGGCAAGGAAUCUAUCUUCACUGCUUUACAUGACUGUCUUCGCUCGGGAUCAAGCCUGGGAAAGAAACAGAGAAGGGAUGUGGUAGAUGUGGUGAAAGAGCAUGCCCAGCAAAUCGCCGCCAUCGAUGUGAACCAGGCUGCUCAGACAAUGCAAGAAUUAGCACCUGAAACCCACACAACGUUUCUCCAGGUGCUAGACGAGGAUGUCUACAAACAAUACCAGUAUCUCCUGGUCCUCGUGGAACCUCAGAGUCAAAGUGGAGACAGUCGGCCCUGUCCCUCGGUGGAAAAUUGGAUGAUUGAACGCUAUGUACAGCUGCUUUGCAGAUUCAAUCCACCUCAUGUGGCUCAAUUUGUCGAUGGCCUACGGGUUGGCGAUAUUCAUCUAGAGAAGCUGCUUCCCUCUAUCGAAGAAAGUGGAGCGAUUGAUGCAGCGGUCAUUCUGCUUGCGCGACAAGGUCAAGUGCGGCCUGCCCUGGACCGUCUUAUUGCGCACUUGGGUACGCUAGAAUCAGCCUUGGUAGGCAUCAUUCAAAGUGUUCGAGAAGCCCCAGACACGGCUAGCACGACCGAGGCAAUUGACGAUCUCUUGGAAUCUUUGGACAAAUAUUCUGGAGUCGGAACUUGGCUUUGCCAGGGCCAGACCAAGACAGCCAAGCAAACCCGGCCUAAUACGAAUGGGCAUCGUGGUACAUCUCCGAUUGAACAGCCUCUGGCAUUUGAUGAGAGCCUUUGGCUGGACCUCAUCGAGGCCGUGGUUCGCACCGCAAGCAGUGUCUUCGCACUUAUGCGGGGCCACCAGAUUAAUAAUGCCGCGCAAGCCCAGACUGGCGAACUUCUGAGUGGCGAGACUGGGCGAUUAACGACAUCUUUCCGAUCCCUGGUUCAACAAGUCUUCACUGCUUUGUUGAAUAGCACCGUUAAAGGUGGCGGGCUAUCAAUGAGUGAACGCACCGACUUGUCGUUCCUGCGUAUCCUGCGGUCGUUCCUGACCCGGGCUGCCAGUUGGUCACCCUCGUUACUUGAGCUGCGGGCCGUCCUCGCUUCCGUCUUCUCUGCCUACUCCUACGAGAGGUCACUUCUGACCCUUGCCAACGGUAUGCUUGAUCGCGAUCUCUUUGUUCAUGUGGACGAAGUCAGUCGACUGCGGCAGCAUGGCUGGCGCCCCCGUGGACAGGUCUGUGAAGUAUGCCACCGACGAAUCUGGGGACCAAGUAUUGGCUCCCCGCACUGGGCCGCAUGGGAGAAGAAGCAGAACGAUGACCGAGAGCGUCGCAUCGCCAAGCGUCUUGAAGAGGGUUACGAUCCGGCGCUUGAAAGGGGGAAGGGCAAGGCUGCUGCCGUCGGUGCAAUUCCGCCGUCACAUCUGCUGACCUCCAAACCCACGGGAGUUAGUUCUGCUGAGCACGAGCACGAUGCUCUCGAUGAAGAAGAUGGGCCAGGGGGCAGCGUGUCUGGACCCCUCGAGAAGAUCCCCCUUGAACCGGUGGUAGUUUUCUCCUGCCGUCAUCUUUAUCAUCGGCAGUGUGUUCUAGACGCAAUUCGAACUCCGGGACGACCCACUGAGCAGCCUGCAGCAUUUCAGCGCGAGAAUGCCGACUGGCCUUUCACUGAGCUAUUUUGCCCGGCUUGUAAAUAG